AUGGCGGGAGGCUAUUUUGACCUCCCCGUCGCCUCCCGUCGCCCCAGCAGCUUGGAUCACACGAGGGUAUCAAGCACACUGUCGCCUGGGUCCUCUAUAUCGCCCUGCACACAGCCUGGUGAGAUCUCAUCAGGCUCGCAGGCGUCCCAGGAGCGGAGUUUGAGUGACGUGGGCGCUCAGGACAAGCGUCGGAAUGCGGGCAUUCUGAAAAGCUCCAAUCGCGUCAAGUUCACUGUAGGUCCUUCUGAUCAGAGGGACUCCAAUGACGGAAGCACACCCGAAUCCCGGUUGGACCACAGGGGCACGGUGCUGCCCCAAAGACCGUUACCCACUGCCAGCAUUCCAUCUGUUCAGCAAAAGGCCCCCGCAAAUCCCCAGCGCGAGACCCUAGUGGAGGACGGGAGCUGGGGCGCGUCAAUCGAUGUCACCGGCCUGACGAUCCACACCCGGACCAGCUUGCCGGGGACUGUAGGGGACGAUGAGAUCCGGUUAGGUGCUAAUGACAAGGGGCGGGCCAUCUACUGUGCCCAGGAAAGGGCCCAGCGGCUUGCAUCCCUUCUCAGUUGCGCCCAAAAAACUCCGAAGCCAAGUCCUCGGGCGAGCCUGGUGUCAUCACUCGCGUCCACUCCCACUGAGGUGGUGUUUCCGGCCGAGGAUGGCGAUGAGAUUCCUAUGAUCAGUGUCCCCGAGAAACAACAACUUUUUGACGACUUGACCGAUGAGGAGGAAGGGGGUUCUAUAGACGAGCGAUCUACAUCACGCUCCUCCGAAGGCCAUUACAUUGUGCAACAAAUGUCACGUCGAGACAUUCAUUUUCUGUCCCGCGUUCGUGCUCCCUCUCCCAGCGUGCUCUCCGGCCAAACUACCCCCACCGAAGACCGGGACUCCGAGACCUAUGUCGAGCGGCCGACGCAUUACCGCGGAGGGAUCCUGUCUGCUCUGCUUAAGCUCUACGACCAGCAGGCUGGUGGUCAUCAUCACCACCACGGCCGGGGCCGGUAUGGUAAUUCCCGACAGCCGAGCUCCUCUGAGUUCAGUGGACGUGGCCUGUCCCCCGAUUCUGUCUGGAAACCACAUCGGCCCAGGAAGUGGUACGAGAAGACCCCUAGCCAAUCCAGCUCGUCUUUGGUAGGCUCCACCACUUCCCCCAUUACUAUGCUCAAGCGGUCCCGGAGUAGCGGUGCCAUCGGAGGCAUGGCCCGCCGCUGGGCAAAGCCUCAGCUCGAGGACGAGAUCCGCAUCACCGUGCAUAUUGCCGAACUCCUAUCCCGCCAACGGUAUCUGAUUCGGCUCUGUCGCGCUUUGAUGAAGUACGGCGCUCCGACUCACCGGCUGGAGGAAUACAUGCGCAUGACCGCGCGUGUUCUGGAGAUUGAUGGCCAGUUUUUGUAUAUUCCCGGUUGCAUGAUUAUCUCCUUCGACGACGCCUCUACGCAUACGACCGAAGUAAAAGUCGUCCGCUCCAACCAAGGCAUCGACUUGGGAAAGCUCGCCGAUGUCCACGAAAUCUACAAGGAGGUGAUCCACGAUGUGAUCGGGGUCGAGGAGGCUAUUCAGCGCCUGGACGAAACCAUGAAGAAGAGGAGCAAGUUCCAUAUCCUCUUCUUGAUUUUCGCCCACGGCUGUGCUAGCGCAUCGGUGGGUCCCUUUGCCUUUAAUGCCCGGCCUAUCGACAUGCCUGUCGCCUUUCUGCUAGGAUGUCUGCUCGGCGUGUUACAGCUCAUCCUAUCGCCCAAGUCGAGCUUAUAUUCGAAUGUAUUUGAGAUCUCAGCCGCCGUGCUCACAUCUUUCCUGGCUCGCGCCUUUGGGAGCAUCCGAUAUCAUGGCCAGCCACUCUUCUGCUUUUCUGCCUUGGCUCAAGCCGCCAUCGCACUGAUAUUGCCCGGGUACACCGUACUAUGCGCCAGCCUGGAACUCCAAUCGCGUAGCAUUGUCGCGGGCUCCGUGCGCAUGGUCUACGCCAUUAUAUACUCUCUCUUUUUAGGGUUUGGCAUCACCAUUGGCACUGCCGUGUACGGCCUAGUCGACUCGCAAGCAUCUACCGCAUACACAUGCCCGGCCAGCCCUAUCAACAACGAAUAUCUCCAACGAUUUCCUUUUGUGCUGCUAUUCACCGCUUGUCUGGCUAUCGUCAAUCGCGCCAAGUGGAAACAGAUCCCCAUAAUGAUGGUAAUCUCUUUGGCCGGCUAUGUCGUCAGCUACUUCAGUUCCAAGCGCUUCUACUCCAACACCCAAGUGUCCAAUGCCCUCGGCGCUUUUGUUAUUGGUGUCAUGGGCAAUUUCUACAGCCGCCUGCGUCACGGCCUCGCUGCCGCAGCUAUGCUCCCCGCAAUCUUUGUCCUCGUGCCUUCUGGGUUGGCCGCCAGCGGAUCCUUGAUUUCCGGGAUUACCUCUGCAGAGGAAAUGACCCGCUCCCCAUAUGGCGUUGUGAACAACGGAACCCAAGGGUUUGUCGACGCUGCCAAGAACCUCUCCGCCGUCGAGGCGCGCAACCAAAGCUAUGGGGUCGUCUUCGAUAUCGGGUACGGCAUGGUGCAGGUUGCUAUCGGCACCACUGUCGGUCUCUUUCUAGCCGCGUUGGUUGCCUACCCGCUGGGAAAGAAGCGCAGUGGGCUGUUCAGUUUCUAA